UGAUGAUGAUUAUUAUUAUUAUUAUUAUUAUUAUUAACAGCAGACUCAGGGUGGUUCCACAUGUAGCUGUUUUUAAAUGAACCGUACUCAGUCCUGUUAAAAUGGACCUGAAAUGGAAGGAGAUACAAACCACUUCAGUGCUUUUGGUGUUUACAUGCAAGUGACUCAAAACAGGACUCCGUUCUUUCCUAGACAUUUUAGCAUUGAUGUGAUCUCAGCCUACUUCUCCUUCACACCACAACUCCUUUCCCAUAGUGUAAUAGCUGUGUAACACUGAAUUAUGGAUGAUGUCAUUUAAAAUGUUUAAGCAGGCGUUAUUCACAGUCCUUCACUCGAUACGGCUCUCCAGCUCACAUCACUGCUGUUGUUCUACAAGUUAAGAGUCCACUCACCCACAGUGUGUAAAGCCUGAUAUGGAAAGGUGAUAUUUACAGUAAUAAAAGAGAGAUGUUCCGCCUAUAACCCUUUCCUUUAGGACUAUUUAACCACUCUUCACUAGCACUGCUUCAUUUGUGUUUGUUCUUGCUAGAAGGUGGAGUAUUUUGUAAAGGUGACAAACCACAAAAUGAACCAAACAUGAAGUGUAUUCAGACCACCUCUACACACACCAACACCUGAUAUGAAUAAACAUCAUCUCUGAAUACAGAGAGGUUCACACAAGUCCUGCUUCUGUGAGGGUUCCUCUGUCUAUCACUUCUCUAAACUUCAUCUCUGUGUGUGUGUGUGUGUGUGUGUGUGUGUGCGUGUGUGUGUGUGUGCGUGUGUGUGUGUGUGUGUGUGCGUGUGCGUGUGUGUGUGUGUGUGUGUGUGUGUGUGCGUGUGUGUGUGUGUGUGUGUGUGUGUGCGUGUGUGUGUGUGUGUGUGUGUUAGUUUCUUCUCCAGGUGAUCUUUCCUGAACAGAGAGAUGAAAUCAGCAGAGAAACUCGUCAUCGUUUGUUUUCUGUUUAAAGGUGUUUUGUGUAGAGAAUUCUCCAUCAGUCUACCAGAGAGUGUAGAAGCUGUGAGAGGACUCUGUGUUCUCAUACCCUGCAGUUUUGAGAUUGAAGAACAAUAUGAUGGAGACCUCCAGACAGAUCCUACAGGAAUCUGGUUAAAAGACGACACUGAUGCUAACAAUAACAGAGUCUUUAACUCUAAAGUAACUGAAGAGAACAAGAUUGAAGGGGAAAUUAUAGGAGACCUCCGCAUGAAGAACUGCACCACCAUCUUCUACAACAUCAGACAGAGUGACCGUGGAGAUUAUUACUUUAGAAUACAAACUUCAGGAAGACUGAAAUACACUUAUCCUUCUUCAUCAGUGUCUGUAAGAUCUUCAUCAGUGUCUGUAAGAGUGGGAGCUUCUCCAAUCACACCCUCAAUAACACUGUAUAAGGAGGAUCAGGGGGAGGUGGAGGACCAAAAUGAGGUGGUGGAGGGAACUUCAGUGAGUCUCAUUUGCUCUGCUCCAGCUCCUCCAUGUCUCUUAAAGCCACCCACUUUUACAUGGAACUUCCUGCCUGAGGAGAGAAGACAGGAGCAGAACCACAACACCAGAUUCAGCUCCUCUCAGCUGAACUUCACCGCUACUCACCUUCAUCAUGGACUCAAUUUCACCUGCACUGCCACCUACCAGCUCCAGAACAGGAACAAAUCAGCACAGAGCUCUUUUAUACUACAUGUUCUGUAUGGUCCUAGAAACACGUCAGUUUCAGCAUCUCCAUCUGCUUCAGUGCUUUUGGGCAGUUCAGUGUCUCUGAGAUGCAGCAGUGAUGCAAACCCAGCAGUGCUGAACUACACCUGGUACAGAGAGAACGGAGAGCAGAUAGGAACCGGAAACCAUCUCACCAUCAACACCACUGAUUCUACACACAGUGGUCUAUACUACUGUAGAGCUCAAAACCAGCACGGAGAUCACACCUCAUCUGUCCUCCUGGAUGUUCAGUAUGCUGCUCAGGUCUCUCCCUCCUCCAGCUGUAUCAUUGCUCAGGAUUUGAUCAUGUGUUCCUGUGAUGUUUAUGGAAAUCCGACUCCUAAACUGGAGUGGCGUCUCUCCGGUCAAACUGUCUCUUCAUCUGAGGCCACGCCCAUUCGAGAGGAGUCUAUGAGUAACGGGGGUUUAAGAAGCUUCAUUUCCAUCCAUCAGUCAUUUAUAGACACGCCCACUCUGCAGUGUGUUGGCAUCAAUAGCCUGGGUGUCGCCUCACACCUGAUUAAUCCCAUCAUUUCAGGUAGGCAGCUACAGCAGGUUAAUAAAACAGAUGUUCAAUUUCCUGGUGAUUAA